CUAUAAAUCUAUCAUUGAUGGUAAAGAAAUACAUUUUACAAAAUGUCCGGUAGAUCUUUUUCAAAACAUUAAUUUCAAGGAACCAGGGAUAUAUUUAUUAGAAGAAACUCUGUGUGCUCAUCAUGAACAGUUUAAUUGCUCUACUCUAACACUUCUGACUAUGUGGUAUUUGUGGUUCGAGGAAUUCAAAGCUGCUAUAGAGCAAGGCUGUGAAAUAGCAGAUAUUAUUUAUUAUUCUCAGGAAUCUUUGGAACAUAUUAUUUCAUUGCUUCCAAAUGUUACCAUAAAUUUAGAAGAAAUGUUAUUUUUAAAAAAAGAAACGGCUGUAAAUAAACAUGAAAAUAUCAAAAAUACAAAAAAUUCUGUAGCUUUAAGAAAAAUUGCUUUAAAUGCCUCAGCAAAGAAAACAAGUAUUUUAAAUACAAGACCUAACAGCUGCAUGCCUGUUGGAAUUCGAUACAGCAGCCGUCACUUUUCUCCUUCUGUGUGCAAUGAAGAGAAUUUUGAACCCGAGAUUGAAAAUGAAACAAAAACUAAAUUUUCUGAAUAUAAUUUAUCUCUAGAAUCCAUGAAGAUUGUUGUGCAUAAACUUAGCCAUGGUGAUGCUGAUUUGGCUAAACUAAUAUGUGAUGUGUGGGUUCAGCAAGCUUCUAAUGAAAACAUAAAAUUUAGAGUUGAUGGUAUAAUUACCUGUCCUUUAAUGUUGCCAUGCUCUUAUUCCUCUGUUGUUGAGGGACUGAUUAUAAAAUCAAACUUUAACUCCAUGUUGGAAGGAAAUUUCAACUAUGUUGCAAACACCAAGACACUGAUUAUCAAAGCAAGUAUUGUUUUUGAAUAUACUCACUUAGGAUUUUCACCGAAAGUAUCAGUAAUAUCUAAAAAGAGAUCUGACUCAUUGGUAUCAGAGAAAGAAAAAUGGGUAAAGAAAUGUUCUGAUAAAUUGUCUGAGUUACAAGUAAAUGUAUUAUUGGUAAAAGGUGAAGUUGAUUCUGCAAUAUCAAGCAUGUGUUCUACUAAUAACAUUCUCCUUUUAUCUGAGAUACCCUGGAAAGCAUUAAAAGCACUGUGUAAAGCAACAGAUACUUAUCCUUGUACUUACUUGCUUGAUUGUGAUAAAAAAAGUAUUACUGAAAAUAUUAUAGUGAAGAAGUGGAGUUUAGAUCAUCAAAUUUGUGAGAAGUACUGCCAUAUUAGCGUAACACACAAACAAAAUGCAAAUCUUUAUACUUUGGUUUUGUGUCAUCCAAAUCCUGCUAUUCUGUACAGCUUAGAACAUCAAUUAUGGCAUUUGGUGUACAGGUUACAGCAUGCAACAGAAGAAAACAAAGUACUUCCAGGAGGAGGGAAAACUGAAGAAUGGUGCUAUGUUUCUUUGCAAAAACUAGUUUUGGGUGCUGAAAAUUCAAAUCGUGUAAUCCUAGCUCUUGCUAAUGGCUUUCAAAACUUUCAGAAAAUGUUAAUGGAUAAAACGUUCACUUAUGACUCUGAAGGACUUGAUGACAUUUCAUCUAAAGUACAAGCAUGGAAAUCAGCUCUAGCACUAGCACACAUUAUGCUUCAGUGCGAUUCCAUUUUAAUAAAUGGCCAUGAAGAUACAAAAGAAUUAAAUGUUCUCAUGUUCUUAAGUUCUUAUUUCAAGUUUCAAGUGCGUUUAUUUGCUACUGAAUGA